AUGCAAUUCAACGAAAAGGGCGAACCGAUCACCCACGAUCAAGCAGUACCCGCCAAAGAAUCGAGGACGUGCGGUAUGAGGAGGCGUACGUUCUUCAUUAUGCUGAUCGCUUUGGUUAUCGCUAUUGUCGUUCUUGGUGUUGCUCUUGGUGUGGGACUGGGCGUGGGAUUGAAGAAAGACUCUGAUGGAGAUAAUUCCUCGGAUCCGUACUGUCUCGAUCACCCGGAGCUCUGCAUUGGCGGCGCGCUCGACGCCAACUUCUACUCCAAGCAAGGCGCAUUCAACGGAACGGGCAUUGCGCUGGCAGGCGAAUCAUGGAACAAGGAUCAACGCCGCAUUUUCACGCUGUACUUCCAGCACCACACCGGUGAUUUACGUUUUAUGCAGUAUACAACGGAUCGGCAGUGGAUCGGAGGAACUAAGUCGGAGACUGUCGCAACGGAUGCAAAGGAUUCGACGCCCAUUUCUGCCGUGGCAUAUGCCCUGAACCACACACAAUACUUCCAUCUCUUCUACGUCUCCAAGAAUAACACAAUCCGACAAAUGACGUUUAACAACGACACUUCUAUUUGGCAACCUGGCCCGCUGAGCGGCUUGAACCUCGAAGUAUUUGACUCGCCCAGCGUCGGACUGCAGGCCUGCUGGAAGGGCAACUUUUACGGCGACUCCGACUAUUCCAAGUUUCCGACGGCCAGCGGCCAGGCGAACGAGAUACCUUUCGAUGAGCGCGUCGGCAUGAACCUGUGGUACGCGAGCGACGAGUCAACGUUCGAGCAGUACGCGUGGUACAACGGGCAGGACAUGUGGGUAAAAUUAAACCCAUGGCAAGGCAAAAAUGGACAUGCGGGCGUAGGCUGUUACUCAUGGGGCACGGGCACAACCACCUACGCGAUGAUGGUCAACAAGAACAACGACACCGAGAUCUGGUGGAAGGACACAAACACCACGACCACGUCCGAAGAUUCCCACCCAAUCAAUUCGUGGGUGAACUCAACAGACGCCGCGAUCCGCGGCGUCUACCCGUCGACAUCGCUCGGCUACACAACCUACUUCUACGCGCAGAUGGCGGACCGCUCGGUGCAGGGCUUCAACAUCACGUACAGCGCCGAGAACACGACGAUCGAGCAGGACGACACGUUCACCAUUACCGAUCCGGGGGGCCCCGUGCCCGGCCUCGGUGGCACGCAUCUGACGUGCACGGCGUUCGCGGAGACGCAGAUGGAUGGCAAUGUGACGAAGACGCUGUGGGAUAGUCUGUAUGUGUUUUACCAGACGGAGGGCGACGAUAUCACGGCGUUUACGCGGCCGAUUGCCGGCGGCGAGUGGACGAAGGGCAGCUUGAAGAUACCGGAUGAGUAG